AAGGGGGAAGAAUACUAUGUUUAGUCCAAAACAUCAUCAGUAAGGAUCAUCUUCAAAAGCAGCAGAGCAUAGCCAGUUAGCCACUGUGACUGAGCAUCCCCUGGGCAUCAUGUAGAGAGAGAAAAUUCCUCAAUUCCGACGCCGACGAGCGGUUUGAACAUGACGGAUCCUUUUCCAGACGAAGUCUUCUUUCAUCACAUUCUCCCCAGGCUCCCUACCAAGUCUCUGUUUCGAUUCAGGUGCGUCUGCAAAUCCUGGCACUCCUUCAUUCUCAAUCCUCUCUUCCUCCGUCUUCACCGAUCCAUCACCCUCACCGUUGGCCACCUCCUCUUCGUCUCCCCUUCCUCCGCCGUCGCCACCUCCGAGCCCCAAAUCUUCUCCGCUCCUAUCUUCCGCAUCCACCAAGACGACGUCCCUCCCUCACGCGCCACCCUCAUCGCCACCAUUCCCGACCGUCCGGCCUCUGGGGUUGACGUUCAGUGCGCCAAUGGCUUCCUCUGCCUGCAUCCCAAGAAUUCGUCUCGUUCCGAGGCUUUCGCUCAUGUAUGUAAUCCAACCACUCGGCAAAUCAUUACUCUCCCAGAUGAUUCCUCCAUAAGAAAUGAAUUUCGUGCUUCGACCCAUUUUGGGUACGACCCAAUUCGAGACGAGUUCAAGGUUCUCCGCUUGCUGAUAUAUAAAGAUUCUCAUGAGUUUAAGAUCUUUACCGUUGGUGAUGCUGCUAAUUCAUGGAGGCUUGUUACUGCGGCAACCCAAUCAGUCCAACAAACUGGUUUAGGGAGGGUAAGAGAGGAGUUUGUGUGAACGGUGCUAUUCAUUGGAAAUACUCUUCAUAUAUACUUGCGUUCAAUCUCAGGGACGAGCAAUUCAGGCGAUCAAAAUCCCUUCCUGGUAUGAAUAUAAAGAUCUUGGCUGUCCACAUUUGAGAUUCCCAGAUCUUGUUGAGCUGAAUGGAUGCUUGACCUUAGUUGGAUACCAUGAUAAUGUUUUGAGCUUGUCGAUCUUGAGGGACUACGAGGCUGAAGGGUGGAUUGAGAAAAGCAUUACGCUUCCUUGUGGAAUUGGAGCGCACGAGCGAAUUCAUUUUCCUCUGUGCAGUGUUCCCACAACAGGUGAGAUCCUCCUUUUGCCAUACUUUCUAGCGAGGCGUGUGAGAGUGAUUUAUCACGACAUGGAGAAGAACAGCUCUAGGAGAGCCGUGGUCAUGGAAAUGCCUCAGCCUUUGUGGCCAGAUCAAAAAUCAGGGUACGUCGACAUAUUCUUUUAUCAAGAAAACUUCAGAAGAUUGUAAUGACAAGAACACAACGAGGCUCAUUUCUAUUUGUUUGGACCAUUUGAACAUGGUUGUUAUGUCUUUGUUGUAGAUAUUUUGAUUGUCGCAGCAGCACCAAAUGGUUUACUCAACCAUCCGCAUUUUGUUUUGUCGAACUGAAUGUUUAUAUAAAUGUUUUCUAGAUGCUA